AUGGAAAGUGGAGACAAUAGGAAUAUGCCCACUCAAACUGCUGGGAUUCAGAUGCCUUCUUCUGCUAGUCACGACCUUUUUAAUGCCCUGUAUAGAGUAUACUAUGGCACGAAAUCAGCUAAGGAGCUGUGGGAAACACUGGACCAAAAAUACAAGAUUGAAAAGGCUGGGUCCGGUAAGUUUGUUACAGGCCGACUCUUGGACUACAUGAUGGUGGAUGCGAAGCCAUUAAUGAAUCAGGUACAUGAGUUGCAAGUGCUAAUUCAAGAAAUGCUUAAUGAAGGGAUGAUUAUAAAUGAAGCUUUGCAAGUGGCUUGUAUGAUUGAAAAGCUACCUCCAAGUUGGAGUGACUUCAGGAAUUAUCUUAAGCAUAAAAGAAAGGAGAUGGAUAUAGAGGCUCUUAUCAGCAAGCUUCACAUUGAAGAUGACAACAGAAAGUCCGAUAAGAGAGCUUCGAAUGCCGUAUUGAAGGCUAAUAUUGUGGAGCAUGGUCAAAACUCCAAGAACAAGAAGAAGAUUGGGAAAGUUUCCAAGUUGGGGCCUAAAGGAGGAAUCUCCAAGAAGAGCCAAGUUAUGGCUAAUGGCACAGUGGUGGAGGCCCUGCGUGAGAGGGUGGCACACCUGGAGGAUUAUCUUGGUGCCACCCCAUCUUAUGCAUCGGUGAGUAUCUCGGUGGAGAUGGAACGAUUUGCUGCGAAUUUAGACUCCCUUUCUCAUAAUGUUGCUUCUUUCAUUACGGAGACGCAUGAGAAGCAAUCGGCCUUAAUGGAGGAUAUAGAGACUUUCACGGAUGCUAUGAAGUUUCAGUUGCAAGUUAUGGAAGAAGAAUUUGCUGUGCUUCGUAGAUCUGCACAUAGUACACCUUCUUCUUUGUCGGUUGAUACCCUUCCCUCGAAGAUUAAAGUUCCUUAUCCAAAGCCUUUUAAUGGGGCUAGAGAUGCAAAGGAAUUAGAGAACUUUCUGUGGGACAUGGAGCAAUAUUUCAAUGCUGGCCAUUGCCCAUACCAUGAGAAAGUGAUGGUGACUAGCAUGUAUUUGACAGGAGAUGAUAAACUUUGGUGGCAGACACAUUUGCAAGAUGAUGACAAUGCAAACAGACCAAAGAUACAGACGUGGGAGGUCUUGAAGAAGGAAUUGAAGGAUCAGUUCCUGCCUUAUAACACGGCUUGGGUUGCUAGAGAAUCCUUGAAGAAACUCAAACAUACGGGCAAUAUUCAAGACUAUGUGAAGGAAUUCCGUUUGUUGAUGUUGGACAUUAAGAACAUGUCGGAGGAAGACAAACUCUUUAAUUUCUUUUCUAGCCUACAAGGAAGGGCACAAGCGGGGCUGAAAAGGCAAGGGGUGAAAACCUUACCCGCUGCCUUUGCUGCCGCAAAUGGUUUGUUAGAUUUCAAAUACAUGGAUUCAUCAUCAUCUUCUAAUGACAAUAACAAAAAGAAGAAUGGUGAUGAUAAGAAAUCCAAGGAAGGCAAAAAUGGGAAUCGAUGGAGGAAGCAGAAGGAAGAUGAGUCGUCCAAGUCCAAGAAAACGGAUCAGUUUGGUGGAAAAUCGAAGCACAACACUAAGAAUAAUGUUGGCUGUUUCAUAUGCAAUGGACCCCAUAGAGCACAUGAUUGUCCGAAGAAGGAGAAGAUUAAUACUUUGGUCGCUAAGGAUGGAAAUGGCGAUGUUGGUGAAUCUGCUCCUUUAAGAGUUGUCCCUCUUCAAUUAAUGAACGUGGUGACCGUCGGGGAAUCUAAAUUGCAGCAUGGACUUUUCUAUGUUGCAGCAAAGAUUAAUGGGAAGGAAGUAAUGGCGUUGUUGGAUACGGGUGCUACACAUAAUUUCGUGGCACAGAGGAGAUUCAAAGAUCUAGGUUUGAGUAUUACCCAACACUCAAGUCGGAUCAAGGCCUUUAACUCGGCUGCACAACCUGUGUGUGUCAUGACAGUAGCAAAUUUGAAGAUUGGUGGUUGGGAUAGUGAGUGCAGUUUUAUGGUGGUUCCCCUAGAUGAUUUUGAUGUGAUAUUGGGCAUCGAUUUCUUCAUCAAUGCAGAGGUAACCCUGAUGUCUUAUAAGAAAAGAAUUGUUAUUUCUGGUGGUAUGUGUCCAUGCUUUGUGGAGUGCACUUUGGCUGGGAAAGUGCAUGGGAAAAAGCAACAGAAGACGAUUUCUACCUUGCAAUUCAAGAAUAGUUUGAAGAAAGAUGUGGAUACCUUUGUGGCAGCGUUAUUGGAGAUCAAACCUGACCAGACUAUGGAAGUGCCAAAUGCAGUUGCUGGCAUAUUAGAGGAGUUUACAGACGUGAUGCCUCCUCAAUUGCCUAAGACACUUCCCCCAUGCCAAGCGUUUAAUCAUAAGAUCGAUUUGGAACCUGGUACAAGACCCCAUGCUCGUGCUCCUUAUCGAAUGACCCUAUCAGAAUUGGUUGAGCUGCGAAAGCAAUUGGAUGAGUUGAUUGAUGCCGGUUGUAUUCAACAGUUCAAGGCUCCUUGUGCUCCUGUUUUAUUCCUAAAGAAACAGGAUGGUUCGUUGAGGUUGUGUGUAGAUUACAGAGCUUUGAACAAGAUAACUAUGAAGAACAAGUAUCCGGUGCGGAUUGCGGAAAGUGAUGAACAAAAGAUAGUGUGCGUGACAAGGUAUGGCUCGUAUGAAUUCCUUGUGAUGCCUUUUGGUCUCACCAACGCCCCUGCCACAUUCUGUAACUUAAUGAAUGACGUACUGUGUGAGUUCCUGGAUCGAGUUGUGGUGGUUUAUCUGGAUGAUAUUGUCAUAUACAAUGAGAGCCUUGAUGCUCACAUUAAGCAUUGA